CAGGUUUAAGUUAAGUGAGGUUUUUGCCUGUAGUCAUGCCAUGUGACGUAUGAACCCUGAUUUUUUUUAAACUGGCUUCAAUCUAGGCUACUUGUUGAAUUGAAUAGCACUGGAAUUGUAUCUCAUAUUUCGAUAUCACCCAGGUGACAUGAGUCCAGGUGAAGUCUCUCCAGUUGUUGGUCAAGAUUGGGUAAAGUAGGCUAGUUUUGUUACCGGUAUCAUCACUGUUAUGUAAAUGUUAUGUUAUACAAAAUAUGAUAGUUAUCUGGAUUUUUAGUGGCUAAGGACGUUAUACCCACUAGCUUUAUUGAAUUGAAAUAUGUUAAAAUUUUCCCUCUUUCUGUUCAAGUCAGUUUCUUAUGCCUUAAAUUUAAAAUAGACUUACCGGUGCUUUGAAUUCGAGAAUCUUGCUAACAUAUCUUGCUAAUGGGUUUAUUAUUUCGGCAACGUUUAUCAUUUGGUGUUGGACAUGUUCUUAACGACCUCUGUGCUUCUAUGUGGUUCAGCUAUUUGCUUUUAUUUUUUCACAAAGUUUUGAAGUUCAGUAAUGCGACAGCUGGUUAUCUUCUUCUUGCUGGUCAAAUAGCUGAUGGUAUUGCCACACCACUUGUUGGUUAUGAGUCUGAUCGUAGAGGAAAUUUAUGUAAUUAUGGAAGAAGGAAAACUUGGCAUCUUAUAGGUACCAUAUCAGUGAUACUAUCAUUUCCGCCUUUGUUUAUGAGAUGCAUUGGAUGCUCUGAGAAUACACCAGCAUAUGCCCAGUUUAUUUAUUAUGUCCCUUUGGUAAUUAUAUUUCAAAGUGGAUGGGCGGCCACUCAAAUUAACCAUCUGGCAUUAAUACCAGAAUUAGCUCGGGAUAGAGCUGAAAAAGUAAAUUUAAAUGCAGUUAGAUAUGCUUUUACUGUUCUGAGCAAUAUAUUGGUCUACUGUGUCACUUGGGUUGUAUUUGAUGUAAGUGGAGAAGGCACAGAACAACUCAGUGAAGAUGAUAUUUCAGAAUUUCGGAAUAUAGUUCUCAUCGUCACUGCUACUGGUUGUUUUUUUUCAAUUAUUUUCCAUAUUGGUGUGAAGGAGCAUACUAUACAGCAAAGAUUUAACAUAAAUAAUUCCAAUAUUUCAAAUUCACGAAUUACCGAAGCAGAUGAAAAUAGCUCUCUCCAGUCUACAGAUGCAAAUGGCAGUAUUCCAGAUGAGAAAACAUGUCUCCUUCCAUCAAUAGAACACUCUCCAUGCAAUUUACCAAUGAUGAAAUGGUCUGAUUGGUUCAAGCGUCCCUCGUUUUAUCAGAUGGCUCUUCUAUACAUGUGUACACGGCUUGUUGUCAAUCUAUCUCAAGUUUAUAUUCCGAUGUAUCUUACUGAUACUCUGAUGUUGUCAAAAAAGUACAUUGCAAUAGUUCCUCUCAUCAUAUACGUGUCUGGUUUCAUUGCAACUAUUCUCACAAAUCCAAUAAGUAAAUUUUUGAGAAAUGAGGUUAUUUAUCUUAUCGGGGCUGCAUUAGUACUUGGUGCUUGUAUAUGGUCCUAUUUUUUGGAAGCUUUUGAAGAGGAAACAAAGAGAGACAUUUUUUUCAUUGCAGUUUUGCUUGGCUUAGGAACAACAAUAAUUCUAGUUAUGUGUCUUUCAAUGCUUUCAGAACUUGUUGGACAAAAUACGGAAACUGGAGCAUUCGUGUAUGGUUCUAUGAGUCUUACUGAUAAACUUUCAAAUGGAAUUGCAAUAGCAGUAAUACAAAAUUUGAAUCCAUGCUAUUGUAAUUGUGACCGUUGUGGAGAAUUUUUUCGAGCUGUAAUGGGAUGGGUUGUUGGCUCCAUUGCAGUUAUUGGUGCAUUAGCCCUUUUGAUUUAUGCAUUUACCACAAAAGAAAAUGAUAUGUCAGAGCCACAAGGCAAUGAAAUUGAAGCAGAGGAUGGUAAUUCUGAUGUCUCAAUAAAUGCGUGAGCUGAUGAUGAUUUAAUAUUACUGUAGCAUUGCGGACAACAUUCAUAUUGCAUUUUUACCACUACCAUGUGUUUUAAUAUAUAUAUAUAUAUAUACUUUGUAUUUAUACUUGUACUAACAGGAUUUCUAGGAGUUCAAUUUAAAUAGAAUUUGAAAUUGAAGCCAUUUAAAGAAAUGCCCAAAUGUUUUGGUGAAUUUUGUCCUUGAGUAAUAAGAUAGAAUGUUGAAUUUUAAAAAGAUUCAUACUAUUUAAAUCCAAAUAAAAAAAAAGACUGUUUGUUUGAUGUUUAUUGGACUUGUGAAAAACAAACUAGGCCUAAGGUUUGAAUUAUAUUUUCAUCGGUUUAUGAAGUCUUUCGUAAGCGAUUAGCAAUCAUGCAGUAAUUUGGUCUGACUAAUUUAUUAUUGGUUUGACCUUUUUUUUUUUGAAGUCGCUUAAGCAUGCAAAGUAACAAAUUUUACCUCUGUCACUGUCACGGCUUUAAUUUCUAUAUUCUUAUUCAAACCUCCACGUUGUUUGAGAGCAAAUUCUUGAGAAAGGUAUCAUAUUAUUUACUGUAGUGAACUUUUGAUUCAUCUCCCUUCAAGUGGUAAAAUAAGUUAUAAAUGAAUAUAUUUAAUCACCAUUGUACUGCUUCUGUUAUUGAAUAUUUUUCUGUACUAUUUUUUCCUAUACAAAUUCAUCAAGUGCAAUUAAAAGAAGAUCAAUAUAUAGAAUAUAUUUUUGUUGGUACAUAUGUACAUUACAUAGUGCCUUACUUGCCUAUCCAUAUCUGCUGAUUCAUCUUAUGUUCAAUUUAUUCCUUUUUUGAUUCAGUAUUCUAAUCUGAUCAAUGAUACUUUUUUUCUGGAUUACUAAUUAGUAUUAAAGCGUCAUAAAUUUUGUAUUACUGUUGUCAACUUAGUGAAGCUUAUUUUUGGGAUAAGAUAUAGACUCUAUAAUGUUGCAAUUUUCAAAAAAUCUUUUGGUCAGUA